UGCUUAGUUACAUGUGUUUUCAUUGAAAACUUUUCAAGUGUUUACUUUUGCGUUUAUUCACUUUGAAACAAUUUAAAGCUUAAAGUUGUCUUUAACUAUAGUGAUUUAAAAUGAAUUUGUUACCAAAAAGUAGUAAAGAGUUUGGACAAAAGGAUUAUUGGGAUAGUUUCUUCAAGAAACGAGGUAAUCAAGCAUUUGAAUGGUAUGGUGAAUAUCCAGAACUGUGUAACCAACUUCACAAAUAUAUCAAGCCAAAAGACCAUGUUCUUGUGGUUGGCUGUGGUAACUCAGUACUAGGAAAUGAUCUUUAUGAUGUAGGCUAUAAGAAUAUUACAAGUAUUGAUAUAUCUAAUGUCGCAAUCAGGCAAAUGAACAAUUUGAAUGAGAAAAGAAGGCCUGAGAUGAAAUUCCUUCAAAUGGAUGCUACCAACAUGUCAUUUCCUGAUAACUCUUUUACUGCAAUAAUUGACAAAGGUACACUUGAUGCCCUCAUGCCUGACAAUUUAGAAGAUACUUUACAGACAAUUAAUAAGUAUUUUUCUGAAAUGAUAAGAGUUUUAAAAACUGGUGGUAGAUAUAUUUGCAUUUCCCUUCUACAAGAACAAAUUCUAAACAUUCUAGUAAAUUAUUUUCCAAGUCAUAAUUGCAUGUUUAGAAUUGUUAGAUGUUUUGAGGCUGAGAAAAAUGCUGCAGAUGCUGGUGAGAGUCCAAUGCCAGUUUUUGUGAUAAUUUGCACCAAAUUUUUAUCAUUACCAAGUAAGAUUCUAGAAUUGAGUUUGGCUGGUAAUGAUAAAAUGCAGAGAAUUGCACAGGAGGAGGAUUUAAUUAAACAAAUCUCAUCUGCACAACAAGCUGCAUUUGUUUGUUCUGGUUUAAAGAACAGUAACAUAUCGGAUGACAAUAUAUCAUUUGAUAUGUUUUUACCUAAUGAUGAUAAGCCUAGAUACACUGUUUUUGUCACUGAUAUACCACCAAAUAGGAAAAAUAUGCAAUAUGCUGCAUUUAUUGUUCCUCAGGGCAGAGAAACUGAAUGGAUGUUUUCAACAAUUGAUGGCAGGAAGGAAUUAGCUUCAAUGUCAAAAUGUAACCGAUUAGCAGUAGUCAUUAUGCACCGAAAUCAGGUGUAUGAAAGUUUGGAUGCGGUCAAAGUAGAACUUGAAGAUUGCGUGAGAAACUUGGCGCCAGCAACGAUUGGAACUGAUAAAAUAUUGUUUUUAUCAUUGGGUGCUGAUGUCGGCGAGCGGAUACUACGUUUCGAAGGUACCUCGAAAUUCUCGGGAAAUUACGUUGUGGAGGACGUGACUAUUGAUGACGAUAAAUUUAGAAGAUUGUUUUACUUAUCGUCGCAAUCAGUGAUUCAAUCGGAAGCUAAACUGAAACGAAGUAAAUCAAGAAGCGGAAAUGAAAAAGAAACUAUUGAUGUAACAUAUUUAAAUUGCGAGCAUCACAUUUACAUUAGCCGCGCAGUAGCAAUGUCAAUCAAGGAUAAAAGUGCAGGCAAAUGUUUAAUCAUUGGUUUGGGUGGAGGAGGUCUUUGUUCAUUUCUACGCAAAUACCUGCAGCAGUUGGACAUAACUGCAGUGGAUAUCGAUGCGGACAUGCUCAAAAUCGCGGUUGAUUGGUUCGACUUAUCGCUGGGCGACAAGAUGCACGUAGAAAUCAAGGACGGAAUACAAUACCUAGCCGAAAAUGGAACAAAAUAUGAUAACAUUGUAUUCGACGUUGACAGCAAAGACCAAACUAUUGGUAUGAGUUGUCCGCCCAAAGAAUUCCUCGAAGAUAAAGUAAUUAGCGACGUGGUGCGUUCGCUUACAUCAAAUGGUCUCUUCAUUGUAAAUAUCGUACUGCGAGACAACAAACUGCGCCCAGGGGUUGUAAAAUCACUCCAGAAACAUUUUAAACUUGUUGUUUCCUAUAAAUUGGAACAUGAUUUAAAUGAAAUAUUUCUAUGUUUCAAUUAUGAUGUAGCGAUAGAGAAGAUCAGGGAACAAUUUAGUGCUUCAGGUAAGGAGAUUAACCAGUUUUUCAAAAAACAUAAAAAUACCAAGUUAAUCAAUAAUAUUAUUGGGGAUUCUUUAAUACUCUCACAUUAAACGCAUUUUGUUUGAAGGAUAAAACGGAAAAUUAAUGUACACUUUUUCAAUCGUGAAAUAAAUAUAUGAGAACUCUA